UAAUGUCCCUAAGGUGAUUUUAAUAAUGAAUGUGAAAUUAAUUAAAAUCGUACCGUAUGGUAACAGUAUCAAUCUUUCUUAUGGUUAGUAUCAUUAUUUAGUUACCCAUGUUGCUGCCGUUAUCUCAUUCAUUGCAAAUAUGUUAAUUAUAAUCAUCAUUUUGAGAAUAAGCUCGGAAGUUAAAAAUCUCUGGUUCGAGUAUUUGUCCCGUACAUUAGUAACUUUACUGCAAAACAUUUGUCCUGAAAUAUUCCGCCUCACGGUAAAACAAUGGUAAUUAACGAAAUUUCAAUAACAUCGUUAAAUACCGAGCACGUGAGUCAUGAACGACGUGGAUCGCACCAGUCGGCAAAAGAUAAAAAAAGAUGAAAAAACUUUCAAGUAUGUACAUUGUUGCCCCCGAAGUCGACGCGAUGCGGAGCUUUGGGGCACGCGUCGAUGUCACGUACGAAACUCCCAUGCAACGUAUCUGUGUGGCACCGCCAUCGCGAGUGCGCGAGCCGCUUCCAGAAAUUCGUUGCGCCGUCCUUGGGGGCAAAAAACGGUGAAAACUAACGCAAACUAACGUAUGAAAGCAGAGGGCAGGACAGAAUGCGAUCGCGCGACCCUGCCUGUGAGUAAAGAAUACAGAUCUCUCCACUGAGUCUCUCUCUCCUAGAGACUUAUGAAUUCUUUGCUGUGAGCAAUGUCUCAACUGAUCUCUGGUUUUAUAAUGUUUUGUGAUUUUUAAAUAUUUCUGAGUUGAAUUAAUGCGGAAGAAAUCGAAAGCAUGACAUAAAAAUGGAAGCCUGCGAGAAGAAUUUCUUUGGCGUUUAUCUUUUAAAUUGUUUGAACCCCAAUUAUAAAGGCAGGACGUAUAUAGGUUAUACAGUGAAUCCCCAACGUAGAAUUAAACAGCACAAUGCAGGAAAGCAUUUUGGUGGUGCCUGCAAAACUAAUAAUAAAGGACCUUGGACUAUGGUAUUAAUCGUUUAUGGAUUUCCAAGUUCAACGUCGGCAUUGCGAUUUGAGUGGGCUUGGCAGCAUCCAGCGAUCAGCCGUCGACUAAAACACGUUCCUCGGCGCAAGAGUCGGCAAAAGGUCUUUGAUUUUUGCCUUCUUGUUUUAUCGGAGAUGUUGAAAGUAGGACCCUGGGUUCGUUUGCCUUUAACUUUGCAUUGGUUAGAUUCUGAAUUCGCUGAUAAAUAUUCGUAUAGCAUUUCGCCACCAAUGCACAUGCCAAUCACCUAUGGAAGUGUUACAUCUAAAAAGAAUACAACAAAGAGUAAAAAAAAAAGGAGCGAAAAAGAUACUUUUUACGAGGCCAAAGACUCCUUAGCAUUAUGUUCUUUAUGUGGCUUGAUAGUCAAUGCCGAGGACAAAGUGACGUGUAUCAAGUCUGACUGCCUUCUGGUUGCCCAUUUAAUUUGUCUGGCUGAGGAAUUCUCUAAGGAUGAAAUGAUUCUACCAAUCGAUGGAAUUUGUCCCGCUUGUAAAACAAAUGUCUUGUGGGGUGAUCUCAUUCGCAAAAAAAUAGGACAUAACUUGCAUUUAACGGACAAUGAUAAAGACGAUUAAACACUGUUAGGUAAUUGAACUAUCUUUGAGAUAACAAUUGUUUCAUGUAGUUAAUUAAUACGUAAUGCUGCGCUUGUUCCCGUUAUUCAAGUGCGUAUCGGUACCAAACGCUUCGCGCAUAUUUUAUAAUAAUUGGUAGCCACUACCUAGUUACCUCUCAC